AUGGACUCUGUCAAAGGCAAAGUAUACGUCGUCACCGGCCUCGGAGGCAUCGGUCUAGCCGUCGCCCGCCAGCUUCACGCCCAGGGCGCCCUCCUCUCACUCGCAGACUUAAGCCAGGAAGUCCUCAGCACAGCACAGCGCACAAUCGAGGAUGACUUCGGUGCCGACACCACCUCGACGAUCAAAACAACCGUAUUAGAUAUCAGCAACGUAUCCGCAGUGCAAGAAUGGAUUGCAUCAACGGUCUCCCACUUCGGCCGUUUGGAUGGCGCCGCCAACAUGGCAGGCACAAUCGGCAAGCACCAUGGAACUGGCAGAUUUGUUGAUCAGGAGGACUCUGAAUGGGAUAUGUUGAUGCGGGUGAACGUGACUGGAUUAAUGUAUUGCCUGCGCGCGCAGCUAAAGGCAAUUAUGGAAACUGCCCCCCGGGGAUUUGCGCUGCAUGCUGCGUAUUCGACUACUAAACACGCUGUGGUUGGAUUGACCAAGUCUGUUGCCAAGGAAGUUGGUCCUAACAUAAGGGUCAACGCCGUUGCACCUGGAUCGAUUCAAACUCCCCUGCUUGAAAAGGCCAAGGUUAUUCAGGGUGAAAUCAGUGCGCCGCCAACUGCCAUCCCGCGCAUUGGCAGAGCUGAAGAGGUUGCACAGACUGUUGUGUUCCUUCUCAGUGAUGCCGCGUCAUAUACGACGGGUCAAAUUGUCAGUGUUGAUGGUGGAUGGGAUUCAUGA